AUGGCGGUCACCCAGGAAGCCAAGGACAAGGUCAGGCCGGUGCUCGACUACCGUGAACUGAAUGAGCACCUGGUGGCUCAUACGGCUGAAGCUGAUGUGUGCCGCGACCAGCUCCGCAAGUGGCGGCAACACGGCGACGAUGUGGCCGUCAUCGACCUGAAGAAGGCGUUUCUGCAGCUGCACGUGGCCCAGGAGCUGUGGCCGUUUCAGACGGUAAUCGUGGACGGCCAGCGACAUUGUCUGACAAGGGUCGGAUUUGGUCUCAGCGUUGCAAGCGGCAUCAUGCGAGCGGUAGUGCGGGAAGUUUUGGAUCAAAGUCCAGAGAUCGCAAAAGCAGUGCUCCCGUACGCUGACGACCUGCUCGUCAACGAGACGCUCAUCUCGGCUGAGCGGGUGGCCGAACAUUUUUCCGCAUACGGGCUCUCGUGUAAGCCACCGGAACGGGUAGCGGAUGAGGCCGGAGCCCGGAUGCUGGGGCUCCGAGUGAGACGGCAGUCUGGCGGUGACGGCACACUGAGGUGGUCUCGGGACGGCGUGACACCAGCUGAGCCACCCGGGGUGCUGACCAGGCGGUCAAUCUUCGCCUGGGCGGGUCAGCUAACCUCACACGUGCCCGUCGCCGGGUGGCUGCGGCCGGCCGCUGCCUGGCUGAAAAGGGCGGCGAACAAGGUCACCAAAGAUUGGGACUCACCGAUCACCGACGAUGACCUGCGCAAACAAGUCAGUGAUGUGGCCCGGCGGCUGGCAGAGUGUGACCCGGCACGAGGACAGUGGUGCGUCUCAGGAGACUCGGUGACGGUGUGGACUGAUGCCAGCUCCAUCGCCCGCGGCGUAGUGCUAAGUGACCCCACCACGGAUGAGGUUAUCGAAGACGCCGCGUGGCUCCGAUCUGACGGUGACUCAGACAUGCACAUAAACCUAUCGGAGCUGGAUGCCGCGCUGAACGGUAUGAAUAUGGCGGUGGCGUGGGGAUUCAAGCGUGUGAUCCUCCGCACAGACUCUGUCACUGUUCAGCGCUGGCUGACCGACGCUCUGACAGGCCGUGCCCGACUGAGAACGAAGGCACAGUCGGAAAUGCUGGUUCGGCGGCGGGUGGCCGUUUUCAAGCAGCUCUCCAGCGAGUACGACCUCGUCGUGACAGUGGAGCUCGUGCCGUCGGCUGCCAACCGUGCAGACGAGCUCAUGAGAGUACCAAAAGAGUGGAUCAGAACCGGAAGCGAGCGGGCGACAGGUGUGGUGGCGGCCGUUAGGACAGCUCGACCGGAGGACAUAAUGGCGGUGCAUGAAAGUGUGGGACACCAGGGAGUGCGGCGGACGUGGUGGUAUGCGCGCCGAGAGCUGGGAAAGAGCGUGACGAAGUCGGCCGUUCGUCAGAUCGUUAGAUCGUGCCAGGUGUGUGCGUCGAUCGACCCAGCCCCGUCGCGCUGGAAGCAUGGUGCCUUGGCGGUCGAGCGCAACUGGGAGCGGCUGGCAAUGGACGUAACCCAUUUCCGCGGAAAACACUAUCUCACCGUGAUUGACUGUGGGCCGUCGAGAUACGCCAUGUGGCGUGAGAUCCGCCGCUCUGACGGGAGCGAGAUCGUCAGACAACUCGAGGCUCUGUUUUUGGAGCGAGGAGCACCGGCCGAGCUUCUAAUGGAUAAUGCGACCGAAUUCAAGGGUCGCGAGCUGAAGGCGUUCGCGGUGCGGUGGGACGUCGAGCUGAGGUAUCGCGCGGCCUAUGAACCUGGUGGGAAUGGCAUCAUCGAGCGCCACCACCGCACCAUCAAAGUGAUGGCCGCCCGGCUGCUGUUCGAGCCCAGCUAA